AUGCCAAAUGGCAGCCUGGACCAACACCUGUUUCACGCAAGUGAGAACCCACAGAACACCGUUGCGCUCCUAGCAUGGAACACCCGCUACGACGUCAUCAUGGAUGUCGCCGCGGGGCUCCACUACGUCCACCACGAGCACGAGCACAUGGUGCUCCACCGCGACAUCAAGGCGAGCAACAUCAUGCUCGACUCUUCCUUCCGUGGGCGCCUCGGUGACUUCGGCCUCGCUCGUAUUGUCACCUCCCUGGAAAAGAACUCCUACACAGAUAUCGGUGUUGCGGGGACUUGGGGCUUCAUCGCGCCGGAGUACUCGGUGAGCCAUAAGGCCACACGCAAAACUGACAUUUACGCACUCGGGGUAUUAAUCCUGGAGGUCGUCACCGGAAGGCGGGCACUCCAUGGCUACCAUGAGUCCUUCCGAUUGCUCACUGACUGGGUUUGGACAGCUCACCAGGAGGGAAGGCUGCUUGAAGCCGUGGAUGAUGAGGUGCACGGACAGUUCGACGCUGACGAUGCUAAUCGCUUGCUACUUCUUGGGUUGGCAUGCACCAACCCUAACCCGUCAGACCGCCCAAACAUGGCUGAGGUGGUGCAGAUCGUUGCAAAAUCUGCGCCCCCAUCAGACGUGCCACUAGUGAAGCCCACCUUCAUGUGGCCACCAGAAGGCGGAUGGAUCCCCGUGGAAUUUGAAGAACCGGCAACGAUCACGAGCACUCAAUUGGAGGAAGACAUGUCAUUAAGUAGCGAUGAUGCCAGGGGGUGA